UCUAUCAAUUUGACGUUUAACAAAACAGCUCUCAGUUGUUGAGUUUCAGAGUACAUUUUUAUGUUUUCGUCAAUAGUGUAAAUACAACAAAAACAUAAACAUUCCAAAGUUCAUCGUAUAAACCCUAUAAUGUCUACAAGCUUAACAAUAAACCUAAAGAGACCCAGCAAAAUAUAUCACGAGGGGGAAGUGAUCGCUGGCGUGGUGGUCGUGGAGAGCCCGGGUGACACGCGACACGAGGGCCUCACGCUCGUGGCCGAGGGCGCGGUGAACCUGCAGCUCAGCUCCAAGAAUAUUGGUCUCUUUUCCAACACCUUGAAGCCAAUCAACCUGUUAAACACCUCAGUGGAGUUGGCACCUCCAGGCAAGAUCCCGGGUGGUGUGACAGAGAUCCCAUUCGAGAUCCCGCUGCGGGCGCGGCAAGCCACGUCACCGGGGUACCCGGGGCUGCUGGAAACCUACCAUGGGGUGUUUGUCAAUAUUAUGUACACACUCAAGUGCGGGAUGAAGAGGUCUUUCCUGAAUAAGCCGUUGAAUGCUAGUUGCCAGUUCUUUGUCCAACAUAGACAUCAAGAGCCACCAGCGCUGAAGCCCGUGCGCUGCGAGAUCUCGCCGGGCUCGGUGCGCGCCGGCGGCGGCGGCCGCGCGGCCAUGCCCGCCUUCAGCGUCUACGCCGAGAUCGACUCCACCGUCUGCCCGCUCGACGAGCCCCUCACCGGCAAGAUUCGCGUGGACGAGUGCUCUGUGCCAAUCAAGUCCAUAGAGCUGCAGCUUGUACGAGUUGAGACUUGCGGAGAUUCUGAAGGGUUUUCGAGGGAUGCGACGGAGAUCCAGAACAUCCAAGUGGGAGAAGGCGACGUAGCGCGAGCGAGGGACAUCCCUCUGUACAUGGUGCUGCCGAGACUCUUCACUGCACCUACCACCGCCACCGUGCACUUCAAAAUCGAGUUUGAAUUGAACAUCGCCGUGAUCUUUGAAGAUGAUUAUUUAGUGACAGAAAAUUUUCCCAUACUGCUUCUGCGAAGUAGAUAGGGGAAUAAAGAGUGACGUGGGGACCAUAAUCAUGUAGUUUUUAAGAGCAUUUAUUUACAUACAACGUAGUAUUUACAUUUUGUCAUAUUAAUGUUAAGUUUUAUCUUUAUUAAUAUAUUUAAAGCUCAGGAAAAAGAUAGGAUGUGUUUUACAUGAAGUCUGUGGCAUAAUGAGUUGUAUUUUAAGUCAACUGUUUGAGAGGUUAGAAAAAAAAUCUUUUGACAUUGACAGAUGGAUGACAAUGAGUGUUAUUUAGCUUGGGUUGAAAAAUGGUAAAGACGGCAAAGUAAACAAAUAAAGCGUAAUUCAUUGUU